AUGAACCAAUUAUCUAAUAGAGAACCACCCAAGUUGCCACCAGGCUGGAAGGCUCGGUGGGAUGAAGAAUAUCAAACUUUCUUCUAUAUAAAUGAGAGAACUGGAGAAACCCAAUGGGAAUUACCAACUGAAGAUGCCACUGGAACUGCCACUCACUUUGAAUCAAAAAAUACCGUACCUUCACGUCCUCCUGUCAACCAAGGAAAUAAUGACAAUGAACAAACAGACAGAGGUAUUGGAUCAUUUGUUAUGAAUCAAGCAAUUUCGAGUGCUACUGGUUCCAAGAACCAUGGAAGUGGUGGUGGUGGUGUCCAAUCAUUCAUCAUGAACCAAGUUGUGUCUAGUGUUACUGGUUCCAAUAAACACCACAAUGGAUCUGGAUCUGGAUCUGGUGCUGCUGGAUUGGUUGGUAGCUUAUUAUCUGGUGGUAGUAGCCAUAACAACAACAACAAUCAACAAAAUCAAAAUCAAUCUUCAGUGGGUUCUUUAGUUGGAAGUCUUUUGUCUGGAGGAAAAAGCCAUGGUAAUGGUGGCAAUGGAUCAUACAAUAACCAAGGAGGUUCAUAUAAUGACCGUCCCCAACAACAAUCUGGAUUUUCUGGGGCCUCUGAGUUGAUUGGUAAUUUCUUGGGAGGAAAGAAUGAUCAUAAUAACCAAGGAGGUGGCUACAAUUCAGGUCACAAUAACAACUAUGGCGGUGGAAAUAAUAAUUACGGCGGUAGAAAUGACAACUACGGCGGCAGAAAUGACAACUACGGUGGCAGAAAUGAUAACUACGGUGGAAGAAAUGACAAUUAUGGUGGAAGAAAUGACAAUUAUGGUGGUGGAUAUAAUAACAACAACCAAGGUGGAUUUGGAACAGACAAUAGUUUUGGAUAUGGGGGAAACAAUAAUAAUCGUUAUUAG